CUCAAUCUCAAUCUCAAUCCCAGUCUCAGUCUUAGUCUCGAACCCAGUAUUUCUCUCAAAGAUAGUCUCAACAUGGAUAUGAAUACCAGUUCUCAAGCUUCAAACAGCAAUGCGCCCUUUGAGCGGCCGGCGGUUGGAGAUGCCGAGCCGCCUGCUGAAAGCCUCUCGCAGCCUAUGAACUAUCAGGUGCCCUUGGAAACACCCUUGGAACAGCAACAGCUCUCGGAGCAGCAAAUGCUCACGCAGCUGGAAGAACCAUCAUGGGAGGGGCUGGACUUUGAGGCUUCUCAAUUGCAACUAGUGCAGUCGUUUCUUCGGCAGCAACAAGAACAACCAGAAUCCCAGCAGGAGCAACAAGAACAACAAGAACAACAAGAACAGCAGCAGCUGCUGCUGCAACAACAACAAGAAGAACAAGAACAACUGCAGCAGCAGCAAGAAAUGCAGCAGCAACAAGAAAUGCAGCAACAACAACUGCAGCAGCAACUCCAGCAGCAGCAAUAUCAACAACAACUGCAGCAGCAACAAGAAAUGCAGCAACAGCAACAAAUGCAGCAGCAGCAACAAGUGCAGCAACAACAACAACUACAAGUGCAGCAACAACAACAAGUGCAGCAACAACAAUCACUGCAGCAGCAGCAACAAAUGCAGCAACAACAACAAGUGCAGCAGCAGCAACAUCAACAACAAGUGCAGCAGCAGCAGCAACAUCAACAACAACUGGUGCAGCAGCAGCAGCAACCACUGCAGCAGCAAUAUCAACAAGAACUACAACUACUACAAGUACAGCUGCUGCAACAACAACAAGAAGAACUACGGUUGCGGCUGAAGGAACAACAGCCACAGAUGCUGCAGCAACAUCAAAUACCACAGCUGCUACACCAAUAUCAACAGUCACACGUACAGCUACGACAACUACUCGUACCACAGCUGCUACAACAACAGCAAGAGCAACAACAGCAACCGCAGCAGCAGCAGCAGCAACAACAACAACAGCAGUUGCAGCAGCAACAACAAUUUUGGCCACUCCUCUACCCAACCCCAGCACAAAAAUUGGCAAUGACCUCCACAGAGCAGCCCCCACCAGUCCCUCCGAGACGAGUGCCGGGCAUGCAUUUAUUGCCAAAUAUGCCCGAAAUGCUGGGCUUCUCACCAGUGGCUGAAGCUAUCGACUCUGUGUUGGCUUUGUGGGGGCAGGUUACGAACCAAAAUGCCUAAAUUGGAGGCUCUGGGUGAAGUGAAUGGCUUGGCGCCAGGGCUGAUGGAUAUAUUGUAUUUGGAAUGGGGCGCAUUUGGAUUUUGGAAUAGGGCGUAUCUG